AUGUCUUCACCUUGCAGUGCCGUUGUGCUGCGAAAGAGGAAGCGCGAGCUAGACAGUCCAUUUCAGUAUCAGCCUUAUGCUAAAAGAUAUCUGGAUGCUGCGAGCGAUGACUCAGAUGACCACGAUCUUGGUCAGGACGACAACUACGAGCUCGACAAAGAGCCCGAGCGAGGUGACAUCCUUUAUUCAGAGAAUCAAGAGGCUUACCCGGACCAUGCCGCAUAUCAUUUCCAGAUAGCUGGCAUCGUGAGGCGUAUCGAGAUCCUUCUGGGCCAGAUCAACGGACAACUUGGGCGGGGUGUACUCAAGAACGAAAAAGUCGAGAAACUGCGCUCUACAGUUUCUGAGCUCAGCGCGUUCCCUGACCCUCCUAAGUUGGUCAUCGCUCUACUGGGAGAAGCCGGCGCUGGAAAGAGCUCUCUCAUCAACUCACUUCUUGAUACUCCGCAUCUUGCCAAAGAGGGGAAUGCUGGGCGAAGUUGCACUUGCGUAGUGACCGAGUUUCGUCAACCAUUCGCAGGACAGAACAAGAAGUUUGCGGCUCACAUCGAACUCUUGGACGACACAAGCAUUGCAGCUCUCCUCAGAGAGCACAUUGACGAUUUUCUCGUUUACCACUUUGAGAAGGAUGACUCUUGGACAAAGAACCAAGAAGAGCUAUACUGUGCAAAAGCAAAGACUGCUGAAGAUACCUUUUCUGACCUUUUUCAUACUAGCACAGACUUCAAGUCCUUGGAAGCUAUGAAGGCCUACAUAGGACACGGUCGCAUGAAUGGUAGCGUCGAUGUGAUCGUCGAAGAGCUCCUGAACCGGUCUCACAGACUGAUCAACGAUGAAAUGCCCAGACAUCUUUCCAAUCUGUUCGAAGCUGAUACCGCUCACCAGCUUGGUAGACGGACAGAACCUUUCUUGUUUUCAAGAUCGACUUGGAACUCGAGAGGCACACUUUGGCCCCUUGUCCACAAAGUCUCCGUUGGUGUCAGUGGGCCUCGCCUCCUUCAGCACAUCAUUCUUGCGGAUCUUCCCGGUAUCUCCGACACGAAUCUUGUUCGUGCACGCAUCAGCAGCAAGCAUCUAUCAAUGUGCGAUCAUCUCUGGAUUGUCACACCCAUCAAACGCUGCAUUGACAACAAGACAGUCCAGACUCUGCUCGAUGACUAUGGCGAGCGUUUCAAAGGCCAUACUACAAUCGUGUGCACACAUACCGAUGAGACAGGCAAUCUGGACGAACUUGCUAGAGAGUACAAGAAAUACGCCAAGCCAUAUCUCCAGGUCAAGAAACAAGUUGCUGAGAGCGAACGCCAGAUGCGAUCUUCAGAGAAUGGGUCUCGCGGUUUAUUCGAACAAGAUAAUCUGAGACAGGCUCAUCAGAGCCUUCUCAAUCAACAGCUGGAGACCGUCGUCUGGAUGAGAAAUGUCGCGGUGAGACAAAUGCUUCACGAGAAGAAGAAAGACUACGUUCCUGCAGGCGAGCCGGAAACCAUCUACUGCAUCUCCAACAAGCAUUACAACUGGCUUAAAGGAUACAAGGAAAGAUCGAAGGCAAGCGAAGCACAGCUGGGCCCUGAGGCUACAGAAGUGCCCGCUCUGCGAAGACACGCUCUUGGCCUUGCCUCUGCCGAUGUCUGGGCCAAUUUUGAGCGUCACAUCUCACAUUCAAUUGUGGGCUUCAUUGAGAGGCUGCACAUCUGGGCAAGCAGCGUGCGUAUGUCGGGCCAACAUGUCAGUGCCGAGUCUCAGACACAAUUCCAGCAGGCAAUUUGCGAGACGCUGAGACACCAUCCUACAACAGUUGCAAAGCAAGCGCCGGAAAUUCUGGCAGCUCCCAUCAACCGCCGCUUCCGAGAGAUAUGCCAACAUGCGGAGCAGUACCUUACUAAGGUCCGCCGAAACUGGCCCCACGCCACAAUCAGAGCUUUCGCUCGACGUGACGGCACUUGGACCCGCAAGCUGACAGGCAAUGAAUCUUGGAACGCCAAGAUGUUCAAGGUAGCAGAGGACUGUAUCAAUGACAGUUGGCCCGACUUUAUCGUGGCACAGAGAGAUUCGAUUGAAUCCGUGGAAGUCAAGAUUCUAGAAGGACUCGAUACUGCCUCGGACCAUCUGACCGACUCAAUCAAUCGCUUCAACAUUGCCACUGGACCUUUUGAGCGAUUCGUGGCUGCCCAGAGAUAUGGUGUAGUUUCUCUAUUCGCCGAACACAAGAAGACUUUUGACAAGACGAUGAAGAACACCAAGCAGUUAGCAGCCAAGGAUCACCGCGAUGGCUACUUUGCCGAGGCGAUGUUACCAACCUACCAGAUUUCUAAGCAGCAGAGUGGAACCGGGUGUACAGACCGCUGUGUCGACAUUCUCAAGCAUCGCGUCAAGACACCAGGACCUGACUCCCCUUUCUCUGAAGCAACCAACGUCACCGUUGAGGCAAUCAACUCUGCCACGAUCGCACAGGUAGCAAAGAUGGUCCAAGGAUGCUCCGAUAUCUCCAACGAUAUCUUCGCGCAAUUCUCUCUUAUUAUUGAGCAGCGACCCAAAGACAGUCCCAUCGUCGCAGAUAUCAAGCACGAGCUCGAGAUCAUCCUGGCGCGCGCCGAUCCAAAGAUGAAGGGCAUUCUGGCCGAACUCAAGCAAAUUGAGAGAAACACGGCUCGCUUUUGA